AUGGAAGGAAAGCUUCAGACGCGGGAAGAGGAGUCAGCAUAUGGCGGGAGACGCAGCUCGGCGGAGGCAAGGAAAGAAGAUCUAAGCCUCUUUGAAUUGUUCAAACUCCGGCUGCGUCGCGAUACGUCCAUUUUCGCUGAGGAUGUUGUGUUCGAAACCUCAAACGGCGUUGUCGACUUCGACGUCGGUAAAAUAUACUCGGGGAGACUGGAAGACGACGACCUAGCGGAAGUUCAAGGCGUGGUUACGAAGGAGGGCCUCUUCGACGGCCACGUGGCCACGCCCAACGAGCUCUACUACCUAGAGCCGGCCAGCAGGUACCUGGACCAACCGGAAUUUCAUUCGGUGAUGUACAAGGCGUCGGACGUGGCCCACCCGACGCUCUCACGGUGUGCCUCGCAGCAGCUGCACUCCCGGGGCCGCGUCCACACCCCCUGGGGGGCUCCGACCCACCACGACCCCCUGGGUGCCCCCGCUGGUCCAGAGAGGCUGCCCGCACAAGGCACUCUCGGGACCCCAAGGCCUUCGCCUCAUUCUUCCAUUUCGUCCAGUGCGGCGCCGGCCCGGGGGGGAGGCGCCGCUCCGUCGCCCAAGCCGCACGGUUUGAAUCCCAAACAUAAGGCUGUGACAAGUAGUAAAAGUUUAUACGAUUCCACUAGUGAUCCCCACACCCACCGCGGCUACUCCAGUGCACCUGCUACCUCCUCCCCCUCUUCCUCCGCCCCUUCCCCUGCCUCAACCUCCCCCCUGAGCCGCGCCCCCGCCCCCGCAGCGCCUCAAGGCCAAGCUAGCCGUCAUAGAGAUUCACCCACAAAGAAAUUUACUUUUGAUAACAAGCAAUCGUCUUUUGUAAGUCAGUUCAAACUCUCCCGGGAGGCCGCGAGCAGCCCGGGCCCCGACGGUGCUCACACAACCACCCUUCUUCCCCUCGAAGCUUCCCCCUCCCCCUCUUCCCCCUCCCCCUCCUCCUUCUCAGCGUCGUCCCAAAACACUUCGUCCACCUCGGAGUUCGACGACCACCGCGCCCACGACGACCGCCGCCAGCUGGACUUCGAGCUGGUGUACGAGCCCACAGGCGGGAGGGACGACCACGCGCUCCCGAGGUCGUGGAACGACACUCGACGGAGGGCGGAAGGCGCUUCGCAAGAGCUUCCAGACUUCGGUCACCCUUGGCCCAGAAGAAGUGCGAGGAAGAAACGCUCCGGCGUCGACCCGAAGAAGACCACCUGCAUGCUGUACCUGCAGGCGGACCACCUCUUCUACGAGAAAAUCGGGUCAGAGGAGGCGUGUAUCGAGGCCAUCACGCGCCACGUCCAGCGGGUCAACAACAUCUACAAGGUUACAGACUUCGACCUGGACAACAAGGCGGACGAGAUCGGCUUCAUGAUCAAGAUCAAGAUCCACACGCCGGAGGCUCUGAAGGACCCGACCUACCGCUUCCCGGGCAACUACGGCGUCGAGAAGUUCCUGGAGCUCUUCUCUGAGGAGGACUACGACGCCUUCUGCCUCGCCUACAUGUUUACGUACAGGGAUUUCGAAGGAGGAACCCUGGGCUUAGCGUGGACGGGCGACCUGAAGAACGCCGGAGGAGUGUGCGAGAAGAACGGCCACUACCGAGGGAGUCUCAAGAGCCUCAACACGGGCAUCGUGACGCUCCUGAACUACGGCAAGCACGUGCCUCCGGCGGUGAGCCACGUGACUCUAGCGCACGAGAUCGGCCACAACUUCGGCAGUCCGCACGACCCCGAGUCCAACAAGCGCUGCACCCCUGGCGGCGAGGACGGGAACUACAUAAUGUUCGCCAGAGCAACUUCAGGAGACAAAAGAAACAAUAACAAGUUCUCGCCGUGCUCGCUGCAGCAGAUCAACAGCGUCCUCAACUCGAAGGCGCGGGACGUGAAGGGCUGCUUCACAGCGCCCCAAGCGGCCAUCUGCGGCAACGGGGUGGUGGAGAAGGGGGAGGAGUGCGACUGCGGCUGGGAGGAGGACUGCGAGGAGGCGUGCUGCUUCCCCAUGAUCCAGUCCAGGGAAGAAGAGACGCCCUGCACCCUCAGGCCCAACAAGAUCUGCUCGCCCUCGCAGGGUCCGUGCUGCACGCAGAACUGCCACCUGAAGAAGGGCGACAAGUGCCGAGACGACAACGGAUGCCGCGACUCGUCCUACUGCAACGGCCGUGUCCCACAGUGCCCGCCCUCCACCAAUAAGCCCAAUAAGACGAUCUGCAACGAAGAGUUCGUGUGCUACAAGGGGGAAUGCACGGGAUCCAUCUGCCUGGCUUACGGGCUGGAGUCCUGCCAGUGCAAGAGGAAUCACGGAGAUCCGAUCACUAAGUCUUGCGAGCUCUGUUGCAAGCUUCCCGGGGAGAACCAACAAUGCCUGUCUUCCUUCGAGUGGAAUGUGCCUCCGUACGACAUCCCCGACAUGCACGCCAAGGCGGGCACUCCUUGCAACGACUACAAGGGCUACUGCGACGUCUUCAAGAAAUGCCGUGAGGUUGAUCCCUCAGGGCCCUUGGCAACGCUACGGAAGCUCUUGCUAAGCGACGAGUCCUUAGCGAACCUCCAGCGGUGGAUUGUCAAACACUGGUAUGCCGUCCUCAUCGUCGUGCUGGCCGUCCUGGUGCUAUUGGUGGCAACAGUCAAAGUAUUCGGAAAGACGCCGGAGAAGCUGAAGCUGAAGAAAAUGACAAUCAUGCAUAAAAACUCUGGGGCAACGCAUUACACCAUGCCCGCGAACGGAGCCACGUCCAACGGUGCCACAGCCAACGGCACAACGGCUAAUGGCACCACAGCCAAUGGCACUGCCGAUUCAUCAGCCAACCACGUGCACGUACACCCAACGGUCGUCAGGGCCAACUUGCCCUUCAAGAGAAAAGUCAACGAAGUGCGGCGAGCGGCCACGAAGGCCAAGCGGGCCGCCAAGAGCCAGCUGAGCCGCCCCGGCAAGAAGCCCAGCAGGCGCGCGGACGGUGCUGUCACCUCGCCCACGGAGUCCGAGAAGAGCGGCCCCGGAUCCAAGGAAGGCGCCGGCGCGACCAGCGAGAGCAGGGUCAAAGACAGGCUCUCCAGCAGAUUUUCCAUCAUUAGCUUCAAGACGUUCAGACCAAGAUCUUUAAGUCCAGAUAAACACAAAAGCAAAAGUCCAGACAAGAGGAAGUCCAAGAGUAGUAAUGAUAAGAAGUCGAAGUCCAAAAGUUCGAAAAACCAUCACAGGAGUCGAAGCCCCGACAAGAAGUACAGGUCGAACGGCCACGGCGCGGAGUCGCCAGACAAGAACAGAAGGUCCCGGAGUCCCAACAAACGGGCCAGUCUGGAAGACGAACGAAGACGCUCCCGAAAUCACUCAGUCAGCCCAGACAAAAUCCGAAGAUCUUCCAGCCCAGACAAAAACCAGAAAUAUAAAGCGAGAAGUCCAGAUAAACAUCGGAAGAUGAGUGAAGGAAAUUGGCUCAUCAAUAAAUUCCUGGCUGAUGAGGAGAAAACUGCUAAGCCAGUAGUUAAUGGCUCCUUAAUGGGAUCAUUAAAUGGUUCGUUAAGCUCAGUCAACGCAAUCUUAGGACCUACCAGCAGCCCGCAGAUGGGUCCUGUUAGAAAUGGAUCAAUGCGAGGACUCCUGACGAGCGACAGCAACAGAGCCAGUCCUCUCAGGGGAUUCGUAAAUGAGGCAUUCAUUAGUUCACCGCGAGGAGCCCGCACACACAGCUCACUCAGGGUAACGAAAUCAGUCAGUCCGGAAGGGCUGGACUUUGACUUAGGGCCGAGUAAGUAUCGUCGGUCUAUAAGUAUGGAAGCUUAUAACCGACCGCCAGUGAGUCCGGACAAGAGAAAGCGCUCUGUGUUGGACGAGGGUCUCAGUCCGGACAAGAGAAGAAGGUUCAGCAGCCCCGAGAAAUCCCAAAAGCCCAACAGCCCAUCUAAAGAGCGCAGGUUCACGUGCCCCGAAAGGAACCAGAACCGACGUACUUUGGACAUGGAGAGGCGACGUUCCUCCGUCUCCCCUCUAUCCUCCAAGACCAACUCCUAUUCCUCGGUCCCAGAGCGUCUCCGGGAAAAGCUUUCCCUCAUUACUGCCAGUCCCUCUGGCAGUGUCGCCUCCAUCCUGCCCGCCACGGAGCACGCGGACACCGUAAGCCUUCACUCCACUCAUUCCUCACACUCAAACCGGUGCCAACCUAAAGACUGGGUAUAAAACUCAGAGGAUACUAGCCUCAAGGGUAUAGUAUUGGUACGUUUGAUAAAGUAUAUACCCGAUACCAUUACUGCCACACUGCUACCACUUGAUAAUACUUGUGCGACGAGUGUAAAUGCAAGUGCUACUGCGAGUGAUUCGUUUGUCUGAUGUGUCGCCAGAACUAUUGCUAUAUUUUGUGCCAACAACUUUUUACAUUUACUCAUUUACAAAGUUGACAAGUUGUGACAGGAAAUUUUGUCAUUUAAUCAUAUGCAUUUCGAUAAAAAAAAAGCCAAUGCGUAAAUGAGAAGGGAGAAUACUAGUUGAUUUAUUUAAGAGCAUAUAAGGUGACGUGCUGCAAUACUCUAAUGGAUGAAUAUUUAAUGAGUAUUUAUUUAUAACACGAGGAUAUACAUCCCAUCAACGCAGAGUCUGUCUGCUGGAACUAAUCUUAACCUUAGUCAUUAACACCUUUGCUUUGUGAUAAUAUUUUUACGUAAAUUGAUUUUGUAAGUUUGUCCUGCUCAAGAAUAGGGAGAGAGACCAAGUUCCCAGAGAGGGCUCGUUUAUGCCCGGAUUAGAAAAUACUUUGGCUCUAUUGAAGGAUGGAACGACAUCCACCAUACUGUCUGACACUGAAUUACGAUAUUUUUUCUGGUUUCUUUGAGCCUUAGGUUGUAUUUCUAUACAGCUCAUUUACAUGUUCUACAAAUAGGAGAGAGACGUCAUGAAAGGAAUUCUCAUCCAGUGCUCAUUGUGAACGAUCUCAUCACAUAUUCUCACCUCCAUACUUGUAAACCUAACGUGUGGUAGCUAAAAUGUGCCACAGCUGUACAUUGUAAAUCCGUGCAACAUAUUUUAAUACUUUUUGAAAGCUAAUCUACUAGACCACUAGUGUGCUUCUGACUAAAGACUGUGUUGUAGGAACAGUGUGUUAACAUUGUAGCAUGUAAAAAUUGAUCAUGAAAUUAUCAUGAUCUUGAUGACGGUACAAUGAUCCUCAGCUUUUCUCAUAUAUUGUAAAUUCAAGCGUCCAGCGGCUUGGUAUGUACCCUGGUGGUGGUGGUGGCGGUGGUGGGGCGUAUGGGGGGGGAGGGUUCCCGCCUGCUUCUCUCAUUAAUAAAAAAAAAUCCGCAAUUACUUGCAGGGCUGUGGGGUCGGUACUCAAAACACCCGACUCAGACUCAGACUCAGAUCCCUAAAUAUAAUAAUUUUUAAAAAAUGGAUUUCAUAAAAAAAAAACUAUAGGCUACCUUUUCACCCCAUGUCCUUAAAGGUUUGAGUAAAUUGGUUAUAGCUAUACUAUUGUGGCCUUUUUUUUGUAUAUUCUUGAAAAAAAAAAAAAACAUUCAUCAUGAUUUAAAAAUUUACAUAAAGGACUAUGACAAAAUGAAAAUAUGAUUUCUCAUUCUCUCGGGUGGAAAUAAAGAGUGCGAUAUAUUUAAAAAGUGGGAUUUUUGCGAUUUAUGUUGAGGUCGGAGUCGGGACAUUAAUACCGACUCUGACUCUGACUCCAACAGUACCAAAUUCCUUCCGACUCUGACUCCACAGCCCUGGUUUCCUGCCAGGCCCUGGUGGUCUUGCCAAGGAAACCAGAAAGUACUUAAUCAUUAGUCUUAGAAAAGAACAAAAAAAAUAUUUAUAAAUAUGAAAUUACUAUUCCACACUCUUUCUCCCGUUGUAAAACCAUGAUUUAAAGUCAGUACUUAAAACCAGUUAACUUUAGACAUGAAUCUUUUUGAAAGAAAGCUUUAGAAGGGAGAUUUUGUUGAAGGGAAUUCCUAUAGGGGCAUGCAUUUACUCUUAAAAUGUGAAUUAUUAGGAACAGAUUACCACAUGUAUAUGAAUACCAAGGUUUGAUUUCCAUUGUCCAAUUGCCAAUUUGUCAUACACUGGAAAUUCCAUCCAUUUGAAGUCAGUGCAAGUAAAAAGUUGUUUUAUAGUAUUUUGAAACUAGGUUAAGACAAGGAAGCAAAGCGGAUUUGUAAGAUAAUGGAAAAUGGCUUUACCACAGUAUUCUGCUGUUAGAUGUGUAAUGACAAAUGGAGAGUGGCUGAGCACUUCUUGUGCUCUUUAACAUUAUGUUAAGAAGGUGUAUCUGUUAUAUUUAUGAUGUUAAUUCGUUUGGGUUCUUCUGUGGAGUAUAUCGUGUGUUGUAGGCUAUCUUUGAAUUAUUAAUUGUUUCCUGUGAUCUUCAUUUAAUAGAUGUCAAGUAUUUCAUAUUUUCACCAUCAUUAAUCAUUGUUAAUAACAUAUUCUAUACUUCUGGAUGAAUAAACAAGGUUUAAAAUCGUUCACUAUGGAAAAGGUUUAAUUGAUGGUAGAGAUACAGAUGGGUUUAGAAACACGACAAGUUAUCAUUCCAUAACAUAUUAUUUCCUUCAGUAAUAAAUAUCAAUAAUUAAGAUAUUUCUUUAUUCAGGUCAUACAGGUGAAAUCAUUGUUUAACAAUUUUUCUUUAGAUGCUUUGUUUCCUUUGGAAGUCUUACUAAAUGAACAUUGUGAUGAUUGACCUUUGAUAGACUACUGAUAUUAUCCUGAUUUCCACGAGUGAACAAGAAAUUAGUAUAUAAGUGAUCUGUAUCAUAGCGCCGCAUGUUUCUCAGCUUAUGACCGCAAGUGAGGUAAGAUGUGCUUCCACCUAUAUCAUUAUUAUUCAGAACAUUGCUUUAUACUCUCUCUCUCACACACUUGGUGCAAUGGCCCACAGCCAGAGGCGACAUUAGACAAAUACUUAGCAGAUGACACUUACUCUUAAGGGAUUGGCAAGGAGGUUGUUCAUCUUGCCAACUGUCGAAGCUAUGAGGAGAUGAUCUAUACGUUUUACACUUAGGUUUCAGUCUCUUUAGGAUUUGUUGAUAUCUCUCUGCCCAGGUGGAGGUUUGGGAACACAGUUUUUUGUCCACGGCCAUGUUAUCUAAAGUUGCUGUUGCUCUGCAUCCUAACAACUUCAUCGGGACUUGUCUUGGUGCAAGGUUGAGAUGAUCAGCAAGAGCACAGUGGCCGGAGGUGAUGAAGAAGUGUGACCUAUGAUUUCCUUAGUGUAUCUCCCUGUUGCUGCUGCUGGAUGUUACUUAAGUUUAUAACCCUGUUGUGUCAUAUAUAUAAAUAUAUAGAUAUAUACUUUAUUUAAUCAAAUGAUAUGUAGACUUUCAGUGUUAUUUCUCAUUUCCUCUUGAGAAAACUCAGGAUCAGUACCUAUCGAUGAUUUACUGUAAGCAGUGUGUCUACCAGAGAUGAAAACAGAAUGUGAAAAGGUGUGUGGUGAGGACAAGAAGAGUAUUAUGCUGUAAAAUUAGGCCUUCUCUCCAGAAUCUAUCCCCAAUCUACUUCUGGCUAAGGUAUUAAUAAUCAGAAAGAACCUUUUUAUAUAUAAAUACACACCACAGUCCAGUGUUUGGUGCGGAGGGCUGUAUGUUAAGAUAAAUGAAAUGUAUGGAUGAGGUUUAAGUGAAGGGUCAUUAACAUAACUCAAGGUUUUGUCACAAGACUUGUCAUAUUAGCUAGAUUUAUAAGUAGAUGUAGAUUUAAAACACAGAAAAUGGCUGAUCCAUUUGUUCUUUGGUAAAUUUUGUACUGGUUUUCAUAGCAUACUUACAUGUCUUACAGAAAACAUCUUUGUACAAGCCUGAGUUAUGAUGUCACUGCAACUUUAUACCACCCUGAGUUUUGACAUUAUUACCUCAAACACUAACAAAACAUGGCAGGACAUUACAGUAUAUACGAACAAAGUUCUCUUGCCUUUAUACCACAACCGACGUUGACUCUCAUGGGUUGGCAUGUUUUCAUCUGCCAUUCAAAUUCAAUUUUCUAUGACAUAUGCCAUUAAAUACUAUUUGUACGACAUUACCAUUUUGACAAUAAAAUAAUGAAAGAAACUU